AUGCCUGGUAGACGUACCAAUUACACCUUGUUGACUCAGAUUCCCGACGACGAUCACCUCCAGCCACCGCAACCUCCUCCUCCGUCGAUCUUCUCCGGCGGCACCGGAAGCGGCGGCGCAUACGACUCAUCUCACCACUCUCACUCCGGAGAAAAAAAGAGGAACGAAAGAGCUGGAUUCGAUUGGGAUUUGAUGAACAUGACAACUGAUCAGAGGAUGCAGCAACCUCGCCAAACGGCCUUUCCGGCCUCGAUCGGUGGAUUGCAGAGACAAUCGAGCGGGAGUAGUUACGGAGAGAGUUCUAUUUCGGGUGAUUACUUUCUUCCGUCUUUGUCGGCGGCGGUGAACAGUGGAGGUGGUGAUCCCGAUGCUUAUGCUCACUUGCCGGAUGGAGGUGGUGGUGAGGUGUUGAGGUUGAAAUCCUCGGAGACUGCUGGUGGUGGUGGUGGUGGGGGAGGGUCUUAUUCAUCGAAAAGUUGGGCACAACAAACGGAGGAGAGUUAUCAAUUGCAGUUGGCUUUGGCGCUACGGCUUUCGUCUGAAGCUAUGUGUGCUGAUGAUCCUAAUUUACUAGAUCCUGUGACGGAAGAAACCGCAGGGUCGAGGUCAUCCGGUUCUACGACAUCUGCAGAAGGUUUAUCACAUCGAUUCUGGGCAAAUGGGUGUUUGUCAUACUUUGACAAAGUCCCUGAUGGGUUUUACUUGAUAUAUGGAAUGGAUCCAUACGUAUGGAUGAUGUGCUGUGAUCUACAAGAGAGUGGAAGAAUUCCAUCACUUGAGUUGUUGAAGGCCAUUGAUAUUGCAAAUGAAUCUUCCAUUGAAGUGAUCUUGAUUGAUAGGCGUAAUGAUCCCAGCCUCAGGGAACUACAAAAUCGGAUUCAUAGCAUUUCAUGUAAUAGCAUUACUACAUUAGAAGUUGUUGAUCAACUUGCAAAGCUUGUAUGCAAUCGAAUGGGGGGCACAACUUUAAGUGGUGAAGAUGAGUUAGUUUCAAUGUGGAAGGAAUGCAGUGAGGAUCUGAAAGAUUGUUUAGGAUCUGUUGUGCUUCCAAUGGGUAGCCUCUCUGUUGGCCUUUGCAGACAUCGGGCCUUACUAUUUAAAAUUUUAGCAGAUACAAUUGAUUUACCAUGUCGAAUUGCCAAGGGCUGCAAAUACUGUAAAAGAGAUGAUGCUUCUUCUUGCCUUGUUCGUUUUGGUGUUGACAGGGAGCUUCUUGUUGAUUUAGUAGGGAAUCCAGGAUGCCUGUGUGAGCCAGAUUCUUUAUUAAAUGGUCCAUCAACAAUCUCAAUUUCUUCCCCAUUGAGGUUCCCACGUUUUAGACAAGUUGAACCCAUGGUUGAUUUCAGAUCACUUGCUAAACAGUAUUUUGCUGAUUGUGAAUCUUUGAAUCUUGUAUUUGAAGAUCCAUCUAUUGGUGAUGGAGAUAUUGUUGAUGCAAUCUACCCAAAACAAUCUGAAAAAAGUCAUGUUGAUAUAAUACGUAAUAGUCCAAGCAACAGCAAUGAAGGGUUGGGGUCCCGUUUGCCUCCUUCAAAAGCUGCCCUCCGCCCGAAAGGUCAUGACAGAAGCUCACAUCUGCCCAAAGUAUAUGCCCAGAACAUCACGGGCACCUCAAAAAGGGAUUCCCAAUCCCAAUCCCAAGCAUAUGUCGUGUCUUCCAAUACACGAAUGGAAGUGCCUAGUAAUCAGAUUCAGAGGUUUGAAAAUAGUGGUCAAAGUCAACCCCAUAAAGACAGAGGCAAUUUCACCAUGGAUGUUGAAGAUUUGGACAUUCCUUGGAGUGAUCUUGUUUUGAAAGAAAGAAUCGGAGCAGGUUCUUUUGGUAUUGUUCAUCGUGCUGAUUGGAAUGGCUCUGAUGUUGCUGUGAAAAUUCUUUUAGAACAAGAUUUUCAUCCAGAGAGGUUGAACGAAUUCUUGCAGGAGGUUGCAAUAAUGAGACGAUUAAGGCAUCCAAACAUUGUUCUUUUUAUGGGAGCAGUCACUCAGCCUCCAAACCUGUCAAUAGUGACAGAAUAUUUGUCCAGGGGUAGUUUGUAUAGGCUGUUGCAUAAACCUGGAGCUAAAGAGGCAUUGGAUGAGAGGAGAAGGCUGAGUAUGGCAUAUGAUGUGGCAAAAGGAAUGAAUUAUCUCCACAGACGCAAUCCUCCUAUUGUUCACAGAGAUUUGAAAUCUCCAAAUCUUUUAGUAGACAGGAAAUACACAGUAAAGGUGUGUGAUUUUGGGCUUUCGAGAUUAAAAGCAAACACGUUUCUUUCAUCCAAGACUGCAGCAGGAACACCUGAAUGGAUGGCACCUGAAGUUCUUCGUGAUGAACCUUCAAAUGAGAAAUCAGAUGUUUACAGUUUUGGUGUGAUUUUAUGGGAGCUUGCUACUUUGCAACAACCCUGGGGUAACCUAAAUCCUGCACAGGUUGUGGCAGCUGUAGGGUUUAAAUGCAAGAGGCUUGAGAUUCCUCGUGAUGUAAACCCUCAAGUGGCAGCUUUGAUUGAAGCCUGUUGGGCAAAUGAGCCAUGGAAACGGCCUUCGUUUUCAGCCAUCAUGGAUACAUUGAGACCCUUGACAAAACCUCCUACUCCACAAACAAGUCAAACAGACGUUUCACUACUUGCAUAAACUUUUCACAAUACAUGGCUGAUUGGUGUACAUAUGUUUUUUUGGAAAAUUAAAUUUUAAUUUUCGUUUAAAUGGAAUCCAAGAAAGACAUAAAUGGGUUUUUCUACAGGAGAAGAAAUUUGUUGGUCUGUUUGUUUGUUUUAUCAUGUAGAAGGCGUCUUGUCUUGUCUUCCUUGUCUCGUCAUAAUUUUGUAUUGUUUGUUGUAAUGAAAUAAUAAUCACAGCUUAUAGGAAUGAAUUUUUUUUUCUUUUUUAAUUACAUCCUUUUCGAAAUUUAACAUUUAUAUAUAUAUAGCAACAUGAUUUAAAGAAAACAAAGCCGAAAGUGUGAAAUCUGUGAGGUAUUUAAUUGCUAGUUUUUUACUUCUCUUUAUAAUGAUUUGUAUUUGUUACUUUUUUACACAUUUGGAAAUUUUUUAAAACAAUGAUUCUUUCCCUAUAUAUUCUUAUUUACUGGUUUUUUUUCAAGGAUAUAUUGAAAUUUUGUUAGUUUGUAAAAUAUUGUUAAUGAGCCACGUCUUGGCUGUUUUUGUUUUUGCUUUUUGGUCUUUAGGUCUAAAUUAUCCUUUGGAUUGGGUAAUCAACUCUUGAUUUUGUUCACAUUUGGUUUCUUUUUUUAUUCGUUCUUUUUUAGUAGUCAACAAACCCUCUAGCUUGUUUGUGGUAACCUAUACCUCACCUGUUUUGCUGGUUUCCUUCAAUGACAUCGUUUAAUUAUUGAUAACAUGUACCACGUGGAAUUAAUAUACACUUCAACCCUGUUUCUCCUUAAAGUAGGGUUCCACAAUCAUGAUUACAAACACCUCAACCCUUGAUUCUACACCAUGUAAUGUCAAUAGAAGAUUAGGGUUAUGAAAUUGAAGACAAUUGUUGAAUGUGACUUUUAUUUGUGAAGAAGAUGGCCUCAGAUUUGUCACCGAGUAUUUGUGAAGGAGGUUUACGUGGAGGUUUAACUGGAAGGUCCAGUGGAAGGAUGUUCAGGUGAAAGAGGUUCAUGAGAAAGCAAUUCAAGUGGAGGAUGCAAUUUAAGUGGAUGAGGUUCAACUGUGAAGAGGAUAAGGAAAUACUUAGAAAGAAUUACCAAGUUAGGGUUGAUGAGGAAGACAAACCUUUAGUCUUUUAAUUAUGUAAUUGUCAAUGACACAUCUUUUGACAUAUUAGGACAAAUGUAGGCAUAACUUUUGUAACGUUGCACAUGCUAA